AUGCACUUCCGGACCACAAUGCUCGGUAGUCUAGCUAUUCUUCCAGUGGCUAUGGCUUCCCGGCAUUUCUUCGAUGCCACACCAGAGAUAUCGGCAACCGCCUACCGCAAUGAGCAACCGAAAGUGAUAGUCGAGACUCUCUUUCAAUUUCCCACCAUUGGCUCAUGGAUCGACAAUAUGGCUGUUCGUUCGGACGGCAACCUUCUUCUCACGCGUCUGGACACUCCUGAAGUUUGGCUUUUCAAUAUUACAAGCGGAAACGCGACCCUGGCCUACUCGUUUCCCAACGUCACGAGCUGCUUCGGAAUCAGUGAAAUCGACAACGAUAUCUUCGCAGUUGUUGUGGGUAAUUUUUCUCCCAAAACCUUCCAGCCAGGUGCAGGCUCGUUCUCGGUCCAUAAGUUGGACUUCACCAAGAUCGAUGCUGAGGAGAACGAGCGCGCGCUGGAAUCGCCAAAGGCCUCGGAGAUCGUCACCAUGCCAGAUGCUGAGGCUUUGAAUGGAAUGACUACAUUCUCGCGUGGUUCAAAUUUGGUUCUCAUCGCCGAUAGCCCCAAGGGAAUAAUAUGGAAAGUGGAUACCAAAAUAGGAAAUUAUUCUGUUGCCCUGAAUGACACGACAAUGGCACCGGCAGAGGGCCAGGCUCUUCCCCUGGGUGUCAAUGCAUUGACAGUUUUUGGUGACUAUGUGUACUAUACCGGCACGACCCGAAUGGUUUAUUGCAGGGUUAAGGUGGACAAGGACGCGAAUCCAAUCGGAGAUUUCGAGAUUAUUGCCAGUGGAUUCCUGCCGGAUAAUAUCGAGAUGGCCGACGACGGCACUGCGUAUUUUCCGACAGCUCCCCAGAAUUCACUUGUGCGCCUCACACCUUCUGGGCAGAUCUCCCUCGUUGCAGGUGGCCAAGUAUCUACAGGACUGGCAGGUGCAAGCUCAGUUCGAAUGAGCAAUGACCGACAGAUACUCUACGUUGGCACCAACGGUGGUCAAAUUGCGCCCGUUUUUGGCACAUUCAUCGAGCCUGCCAAGAUCGUCAAAAUUGUACUCGAGGAAUAA